CUAUUUUCGCGCAUAUUCACGCGAGAAGUCAUAGCCACAGCUACCUUCUUCCUCCUUCUGUUAGCUCAGCCGAUAGUAGGUGGCGGGAGUUGAAACCAGACGGAACAGCCGUUUGCAUCAUGGCAGACAGCGAUGAUGAGUACGACCGCCGUCGGAGGGAUAAGUUCCGCCGGGAGAGGAGUGACUACGACCGCUCAAGAGAAAGGGAAGACCGGCGCAGAGACGACUGGAAUGACAGGCGCCCAUCGGGUAGGGAGUGGGACCGAGGCCGGGAGCGCCGCAGCCGGGGGGAGUACCGAGACUAUGAGAGGGGUCGCCGUGAACGAUUCUCACCCCCCAGGCAUGACAUGGGAUCCCAGCCUAAGCGGAUGAGGAGAGACUGGGAUGAUCAUGGAGGGGACCCCUAUCAUGGAGGCUUUGAUCUGGGCUAUGGAGGGGGUGGGGGGCCAAGUUAUGCCCCUCCCCAGCCUUGGGGCCACCCAGAUAUGCACCUAAUGCAGCCUCACCAUACCAUUCCUAUCCAGGCCAGGCUGGGGAACAUCCAUGACAUGGACCUGGGUCCCCCUCUGCCUGUCAUGAAGAAUUUCAGAGAGUUCUUGCUCUCUCUGGAUGAGUCUGUGGAUGAGAUGGAGGCGGUGAAACGCUACAACGAGUACAAGAUCGACUUCAGGCGGCAGCAGAUGCAGGACUUCUUCCUGGCCCACAAAGAUGAAGAGUGGUUCCGCUCCAAGUACCACCCGGACGAGGCCGGUCGGCGCAAGGCCGAGGCCCACGGCGCUCUGGAGAACAGGCUGAGCGUCUACUCGUACCUCAUGGACAACGGCUGGUUUGACAACGUCUCCCUUGAUAUCGAGCGGGCCCAGCCCAUCAUCAAAAUCUUGGAUGCAGCUGUGAUCAAGAUGGAGGGAGGCACGGAGAACGACCUGCGUAUCCUAGAGAUGCCCAGCGAGGAGGAGGAGCGGGAGAGGCUGUCCUCGGGAGGCUCGGAGCCGCCCAAACGAGAGGAACCCCGAGCGGCCGACGCCGACCGCAAACCACCCGCCGAGAAAGACGGCAAAGAGAAGCCGGAGGGCGUGGCAGAUGCAGAGAAGGAUGCUGAGCCCAACGACAACAACGCCGCUGCAGGAGAGAAGGCGGAGAAAGAGCCCCCAGUGGAGGACCCCCCAGAGCCAAAAAGGGUCCCAGAGCCUAAAAGGUCAUCCAGGAAGAGGAAGAGGACUCUGAGUGGGGACAGCGAGGACGAAGGUAGCGCCUCGGAAAGCGAGUCUGACUCCGACUCCGACUCCAACUCGCAGACUUCCGACAAGCAACCAGAGAAGGAAGAGGGAGAGGAAAAGGAGGACGACGAAGAUGAUGAUGACGAAGAGGAGGGAGAGGCUGACACGAAGGAGAGGGAAGAGGUGGAGAAGAAGAAACAAAAGGAGAAGGAGAAGAAGGAGGAGAGGGAGCGGAAGGAGGAGAGGGAAAAGGAGAAAGAGAAAGAGAAGGAGGAGAAGGAGAAGAAGCAACAGCAGCAGCCUAAGGAUGAUCUGCCACCGUCGCCUCGCUCCCUCCACAAGACCUGCUCUCUCUUCAUGAGGAACAUCGCUCCAUCCAUCUCCAAAGCUGAGAUCAUUGCUCUGUGUCGGAGGUACCCUGGUUUCAUGCGCGUGUGUCUGUCGGAGCCCCAGCCAGAGCGCAGGUUCUUCAGGCGUUGCUGGGUGACGUUCGACCGCAGCGUGAACAUCAAAGAGACCUGCUGGAACUUGCAGAACAUCCGGUUGCGAGACUGUGAGCUGGCGCCUGGGGUGAACCGUGACUUGGCGCGGCGCGUUCGCAACGUCAACGGCAUCACGCAGCACAAGCAGGUGCUCCGCAACGACAUCAAAAUGGCAGCCAAACUGAUCCACGCCCUAGAUGAGAGGGAGCAUCUCUGGAACCCCAAGUCCAGGGGUGAUGGACCCAGCAUAGAGCUGGUGGCCCAGAACCCCAUCCUGAAGAACAUCACCGAUUACCUGAUCGAGGAGGUGAGCGCGGAGGAAGAGGAGCUGCUGGGCAGCAUGGGCGGAGUGGACUCUGAGGAGGGGGCCAAGGAGGGCAACCCCUCUGAGGUCACUGUGGAAAGAGAUGAGAAGCUGGUCAAGGUGUUGGACCGUCUGCUUCUCUACCUGCGAGUGGUUCACUCCAUUGACUACUACAACUCCUGCGAGUACCCCAGCGAGGACGAGAUGCCCAACCGCUGUGGCAUCAUCCACGUGCGGGGGCCCAUUCCACCCAACCGCAUCACGCACAGAGAGGUGGGGGACUGGCAGAAGACGUUUGAGGAGAAGCUCAGUCCGCUGUUCAGUGUGAAGGAGACCCUGUCGGACGACGAGGCGGGGAAGAUGGGACGCAAAGACCCUGAACAGGAAGUGGAGAAGUUUGUGUCGGCCAACACACAGGAGCUGGGCAAGGACAAGUGGCUGUGCCCCCUCAGUGGCAAGAAGUUUAAGGGCCCUGAGUUUGUGAGGAAGCAUAUUCUGAACAAGCACGGCGAUAAAAUUGAGGAGGUGAAGAAGGAGGUAGAGUUCUUCAACAACUUCCUGAUGGAUGCCAAAAGGCCAUCUCUCCCUGAGAUGAAGCCCCCACCUCCCCCAGGGCCUGGCCAAGGCUCUCAGGAAGCUUUCUCUUCUCUCCCUGUAGGAGUGCUUUCUCCUGGUCUUCCCUUCGCUCCACAAGCUCCUCAGGGCUUGAUGGGCUUCGGCCAGCCCAGGCCACCAAUCAUGGGAUAUGGAGGAAGCCCAUAUCCACCCAACCAGUAUGGAGGAGGAGGCAGGGGCAAUUAUGACAACUUCCGUGGUCAGGGUGGCUACCCUGGAAAACCCCGCAACAGAAUGAUCCGGGGAGACCCCCGCAACAUCAUCGAGUACCGUGACCUGGAUGCUCCCGAUGAUGUUGACUUCUUUUAAAAUGGCUUGUUUUUAUUUUCUUGUCUCCUUUU